AUCAUUUAUCAAUAAAAAGUCAUUCCUACACCUGCCCUCUUCGAAUUUCCCAAUUCGACUUCCCCCUCUCCUCUCUCUCAAUAAAUGGGCGCUCUCAAAUCCCAAUUUCAAGAUUAGGGCACUCGGUGCAAUCACCUUGUUCGAUUCUCGGCAGCGGCGUGUCGUUGCAGUGUGUAAAUUCGGGGGCGGAAAAUUUUGGGUCUUCAAUUCAGAUUAAUUUUCGGGAUACAACCUGAUUGAGGAGGAAUUUGUGUUAGGGUUUUUGUUGCGCAUGAAGGGUCCGCCAGAUCGCACGAAGGUUGUUGUGCGGCACUUGCCGCCGACGAUUUCCCAGUCGAACCUAGUCGAGCAUGUCGAUUCUCGAUUCUCCGGCCGCUACAAUUGGCUCGCGUUUCGACCUGGAAAAUCGAGCCAGAAGCAUCUAGUACAUUCUAGAGCUUACAUCAACUUUAAUGGAGCAGAGGAUGUAAUUGAGUUUGCCGAGUUCUUUAAUGGUCAUGUUUUUGUCAACGAGAAAGGGGUUCAGUUUAAAGCCGUUGUAGAGUAUGCUCCUUUACAGCGUGUUCCAAAGCAAUGUUCCAAGAAGGAUGGUCGUGAAGGAACUAUAUUGAAAGAUCCAGAAUACUUGGAGUUUCUUGAAUUUCUUGCUAAGCCUGUUGAAAGUCUUCCUAGUGCAGAAAUACAACUAGAGAGAAAGGAAGCUGAGCGAGCAGGUGCUCCAAAGGAACUUCCCGUAGUGACGCCUUUAAUGGACUAUGUUCGUAAGAAAAGAGCUGCUAAAGGAGGAGCUCGGCGGAUCAUGUUAAAUGGGAAAUCAACAAGAAGAGUUAGACAAAAUUCAUCCAAAAGUCCAGCCUCUGGAUCUUCAAAACGAGGCUCGGAUAAGAGAACUUCUACCAGCAUGUAUGUCUUAAAGGACAGCUCAAAGAGAGGUAGCAAGGACAAACGCACCUAUUUAUUAGUGUCUAAACAAGACAAUCAAAAGCUUAUGGAAAAAUCUGCUGAUUCAGCUGGCUUGGGCGGUCCAUUGGAAGGAGAAAGUGGAGUCUCAGGAUCUACAGGAACUGGCAAGAAAAUUCUGCUUCUCAAAGGAAAGGAAAAGGAAAUCCCUGUUUCUGUUGCUCCAUCUCAGCAGAGUGCAUCAAGUCCUUCCAAAACUUCACAUGGUUCAGUUCCUUACAGACAGAAUCAACGACAAGAAGCUGGUGGAAGAAUAAUCAGAAGCAUUCUUGUUAACAAGGGUAGUCUUCGAAAUCAAGCACCAUCUGAGUCUCACACUGAGUUGCAAAAUCAGGAUCGGGACAUUAAGCCUCCUCGGACACCCAAUACACAUUUUUCUUCGAAGGAAACAAAUGGGAUUCCUGAGGACAAGGCAGUCAACCAUGAUUUUCCGACUGAAAAGCAAGAGAAAUGGAUAAAAAAUAAGGACAGACAAGAUUAUGGUAUAUGGACCCCUCGGCGUUUGGAUGCAUCUCAUUCCAGUAAUGAAUCACUAUCAUUAUCUGCUUCCCGAAACCUCCAGUCAGUGGAUUCCAUAGAAGAUGUGAAAUCUGCGGCGCCAGUAAAUCGUGGCGGUGAUUACCAGAAUGCAGGAAAUCGGCGUGGAAGUCAUUAUUCUGUUGACAAUGGUUCUUACAGGCGCGGGGGCCGACAUAGUUCAGCUUACUAUACCAACGAUGCAGAUGGCUCUUUAGUUGAGGGGAAAUCCUCUAGACGGGGAGUUUCUUCUAGUUAUGGCUCACACGAGAAACAAGUGUGGGUCCAAAAGUCCAGUUCUGGUUCAUAGUUUCGAUGUAGAUGCAUAAUGCAUCAGUCGAUCCCUCCCUCGUAUUUUAGCCUACAUUUUGGUGGUGGCUAGGAUUCUCUUUCUUGAUAGAAAUUGUGUGUGAGCACAAUUAGCAGGAGGCCUGUGAUCCAUGUUUGGAAGAGCAUUUAGUUUCCUGUAAAGCUUGCAGAUAAUUCGGCUGUAUUUGGUGCCCGGGUGACCGAAAAUUUAGGGUAUUCAGUAAGAAGUCUGGAAAAUGGUACAAGAAAGACGAAUCACCAUUACUCCAUGUGUUUCCCUCUGGUGGCGCAGUGGUGGGUCGAUCCUCAGGUUCUUGCCAUUGCUUUCCGAUAACCUACACACAUUAUUAUGGGCCACUGACUUCAUUUUAACUUGGUCGAUGAUACAUACAAAUCUCGAAAAAGUUUGUGUUGGUGCAGUUACCACAAUACAGUGUGUGCAUAAUGCCUGGUUGCCUUUGGCGAAUAGGCUGUCCGUGGGUUAGUACGAGUGGUGCAAUGGCGGCGUUGGAAGCUGCCCUUUUGGUUUUGCGCCAAGGCGACGAGGAUAUGCACUCUCGGUAUGAUAUGAUUUACAUACUAUAGAAGGGUUUUGGUGUCGAAUUUGAUCUCACAUAACCUAAUUGUUUUUGGUAUUAUUUUGUGUGUCCUUCACAUUUUAUUUUUUGUGUGAUGUGAUGAGGAUAUCAGCCUUAGAUGUCAAUGUGUUAUAUUUAUAUAUAUAUAUAUAUAUUAAUUAUACCAGUGAUCGAUC